CAAUGUGCGAUAUUGCCGUUGGGAGCCUGGCAGCGAACCGGUGAGGACGACGUCAAGGCGCGUCGCGGUAGAACCUUCAGCCGUUUCAUUUUCCCCGCUCAAGAAGGGCGACGACAAGCUUCGCCUCCUCGUCGAGCUUCUGGUGUCAGCUUCUUUUCCCCCCCCUCAUUUCUCACAGAUCGCCAUUGCGGGGCAUUGAGAUCCUUCGCAAGAGAAGCUCACAAUCCACGGCAAUAGUGCUGUUGAGCGGUCGUCUUCCUAUUUAACAGCUUCAACUCAUCCUUCGAGCCUCCAUGCCCGCCAUGCCUCCGACGUUACGCGAGAAAAAAGCGUCGCGUAUCACAACAGCGUGUAAUGCAUGCCGUUCUCGCAAGCAGAAGUGUGGUGGCCAAAGACCGGUGUGCGCACAAUGUCUCGAAUACAAUCGACCGUGCGACUGGCCAGAGCAACUCAAACGGGGACCGGCUAAAGGCUACAUUGAAGCCUUGGAGCAUCGCCUGCACGAAACAGAGAGCAUCUUGCUGCGAGUCCUUUCCCAGGUCUCCGACGCACAGCUCUCCACCGUCGCCUCACCAGCGCGGACCAACAAACGAAGCCGCAGCAAAGACGGCUCGGUAUACAACCCAUUCUCCAGGCUGGGGAAACGUGGCGUCGACUACUGGAAGAAUUUCCCUCUGGACACAGCCGCUAGCCUGCGGAGAUGGCAACAUGACUGUCUCAGCCAUCAGCGCCUGGGCUCAAUGGAAGCCGACUCGGAGACGGCCGACUCGGAUGAAUCGGAUCUGUCUACGAGCCCACCAAGGGUUCGGCAGAACCUUGACACAUCGGCGGCAGUUGGUAGAAAUGGUACCUUGAGACGAUCGCAGCACGAACCCGAACCUAUCCACAGCCAGCCUCCGCUGGAGUUCACUGCGCGGACAGCUCCACCUACCACGUCAACACCUCACGUUGACGCCUAUGUGAUCCCCCAAGAUGAGACAGUCUUGCCACUUGCUCCCGAAGCGCAUAUGAACAACAAUGCUCGCGUAACACACACCUUGACAGUGAUUCCGCCUGAGAGUCGCAAGCGGAGUGCAGACUGGGUGAUGGACGCCGUGCCAGGAAACGCGCCGGUUCAUCUGAUGCUGGAUUUCUUUAGUCCGCCUCAGACACGAGGGUUUGGAGGGUUCAGUCCCGGCGGUUUUCAGGAGCCCAGUCACUGGCCCGGGGCACCGCCAGUCAAAUUUCAACAACAAUUUCUUUGGUAAUUUUAACUUGAAUCACGCUUUAUAUCAAGAUGAUAUAUAGUUCCAUGAUAUAAUGCUAUUACGAUUUUCUCUGGGUCAGCUCGGGGCUCUCUUUUCUUCAACAAGAAAAAGAAGUAUUCCUACUCGGGAUAGAGCUGGGCAGUGUGUAUGCCAAACCCAGCAGAUCUUAGUCUAGAUCCACACCCUUAGAAGGGAGUGGUCCAAUGAUUCAACUAUUCUUGAUCGGUACCCACUUGCUGCAGCAUCUGAGAUCCAGCAA